GGCGAGCACAGAGCGGCUGGCUCAGGCCAAAAGUCAAGCGGUUCUUUUCCCUCGAUCCGUAUUCCGUCCGUAGGGAAGCUGAAGCUCACUUCGGUCCGUCUGACUGCCGUUCUCCAGUCCGGGCCCGGCAACUCGCCUGCGUGCUCCGCCAAGAGCUCGGAUAUAGAUAGCUCCCACCGCCCAUCGUCGCCGUCAACGGCCCUCACCUGUCGUCUCCCCUCUCCGACCUUGACGUAGCAGCGCUUCAACCAACUGCCCGCAUUCGCUAGAAGCCGCUCCGUCUUCAUAUGUUCUGAUUCGCAGGUCUUGACGACCGACCUUUUGUUGGUAACUAAUCUCACCCCACGCCCUCCGUUGUCCCGGCCUCGUCUUCAAUCAAGAUGUUGUCGAAUCCGCUCCACCGGUUCUCUCCCUACCACAUCCCCUCUACCGCGCUGCUCUCCAACGGCCAUGUCCCCGCCAGCCACCUCCACGCUGGGCUCGACACGCUCGCGCCAGGAUCCCACUACGCGCUCCAGCAGCUCCAGCAGCACGUCGGCGCCCAUAACCCGCACCUCGCCAGGACCGGAGCUCAACCAAAGCACAGGCAGCACCCUUACGGGCCCGCCGCCAGAGCCGCUGGCGCAGCGGGACCUAUCCGGAGAAGGAUCAGCAGAGCCUGUGACCAGUGCAAUCAACUUCGGACAAAGUGUGAUGGCCAGCAUCCCUGUGCGCAUUGCAUUGAGUUCCAGCUGGGCUGCGAAUACAUCCGAGAACGCAAGAAGCGUGGCAAGGCCUCCCGGAAGGAUCUCGCACAGCAGGCUGCCGCGCAAGCCGCCGCCGCCGCCGCAGCGGCAGCCCAGAACGGCUCAUUGAAAUCCGAGAACCAGAGCGCCGAGAAUGGCCAGUCAACUGAGAGCCGGAGUGACACCCCUGCCGCCACCAAGCCGUCCUUGACCGUGUCGACCGAGCAACCACCCAACUCGGACAAGAGCAUCAACGAGAUGGCGGACGACAGCCUCCGGGGCCAGAGGACGGGAAGCAUGGAGACGCUGGGUGAGUUGAGCGCCCAUCCGGGGCACAUGCCGAGCCAUACCGGGGCUCUCGACAGAGACCAUCUCGACAGCCCAACGGCUCUGGAUCUUAACGGAUACGGCACCGUUCACGCUGCAUACGACCGGCCUAUGGGCACACACAUGAUGGGAGGCCCUGCUCAUACGCCCUACGGUUCCAACCAGGGAAGCAUGUCCAGCUAUCCCGACCUGCCGUAUGCGCUGCAGACACAAAGCCCCACCGGCUACUCCGCGGGCGCCUCGAAUGGGUUCCGUCUCGCGAACAGCCCUCUCAGCGCCUAUCCCAUGGGCGGAGAGACGGCAUCGCCUGGUGGCUGGAUGAACAUGUCGUCUCCGCCGCCCCAAUUUGCUUCGCAUGUGCCGCAGAACGGCUACAGCCACGCGAACCUGCGGUACCCGGUGCUGGAGCCCCUGGUUCCGCACCUGGGCAACAUCAUCCCUCUAUCCCUUGCCUGCGAUCUCAUCGACCUCUACUUCUCGAGCUCGUCUUCGGCUCAGAUGCACCCAAUGUCGCCUUACGUCCUGGGCUUCGUCUUCCGGAAGCGGUCGUUCCUGCACCCUAGCAAGCCCCGUCAGUGCCAGCCCGCUCUGCUCGCGAGCAUGUUGUGGGUUGCCGCACAGACGAGCGACGCGCCUUUCCUGACCAGCGUCCCCUCGGCGCGCGGCAAGAUCUGCCAGAAACUUCUCGAGCUGACCGUCAGCCUCCUCAAGCCGCUCAUCCACACGCCGUCGGAAGAGGCGUCACCCGUCUCGAGCCCCAUUGUGGAUGGCGUCGCGCUCGGCGGCCUGGGCGUGGCGCUCCCGGGAUCCAUCAGCAUGGAAACUCUUACUAGCGAGUCGGGAGCUUUCGGGGCGGCCGGCACGCUCGACGACGUGGUCACCUACAUUCAUCUGGCGACGGUGGUGUCCGCCAGCGAGUACAAGGGAGCCAGCCUGCGAUGGUGGAAUGCCGCGUGGUCGCUCGCUCGCGAGCUCAAGCUCGGCCGCGAGCUACCCCAGAACGCGCCUUCGACUCGCCAGGGAGGUUCGGCCGAUAUCGACGGCGAAGACGGCGGCGGGAUGGGCGGUGUCCCCGGCGUCAUCACUGAGGAGGAACGCGAGGAGAGGCGGCGGAUCUGGUGGCUUGUUUACAUUGUCGACCGCCAUCUGGCGCUGUGCUACAACCGGCCCCUCUUCCUGCUCGACAUCGAAUGCGAGGGCCUGCUGCAGCCGAUGGAUGAUACGGACUAUCAAAACGGAAACUUCCACGCCUACGCCGACCCGAACGUGCUCGCCUCGGACCAGGAGGCCGGCCGGAAGAGCCGGGUGCGCGGGCCGUCGUUCGAGUGCACCGGCCACAGCAUCUUCGGCUAUUUCCUGCCUCUGAUGACCAUCCUGGGCGAGAUCGUCGACCUCCAUCACGCGAAGAACCAUCCUCGCUUCGGCAUCGGAUUCCGCUCAUCCCGCGAGUGGGAUGACCAGACGUCCGAGAUCACGCGCCACCUCGACUUGUACGAGCAGAGUCUGAAGCAGUUCGAGCAGCGUCACCUCAGCCUCAACGCGCAAGCGCAGGCUGCCGACGAGAAGGCGGCCGAAGCGGCCGGCGUCCCCACCGCGAACAACGACCUGCCGGGCACACCGUCCGGCCACAGCGUGCACAGCGUCCACACGACCUCGAGCCGGAUGACCGAGAGCGACAUCCAGACGCGGAUCGUCAUAGCCUACGGCACGCACGUCAUGCACGUGCUGCACAUCCUGCUGACGGGCAAGUGGGAUCCCAUCAACCUGCUCGACGACAACGACCUCUGGAUCAGCAGCCAGGGCUUCAUCACGGCCACGGGCCACGCCGUCAGCGCCGCCGAGGCCAUCAGCAACAUCCUCGAGUACGACCCGGGCCUCGAGUUCAUGCCCUUCUUCUUCGGCAUCUACCUGCUCCAGGGCUCGUUCCUGCUGCUUCUCAUCGCCGACAAGCUGCAACUCGAGGCCUCGCCGAGCGUGGUCAAGGCGUGCGAGACCAUCAUCCGCGCGCACGAGGCGUGCGUGGUGACGCUGAACACGGAGUAUCAGCGCAACUUCAGCAGAGUCAUGCGCAGCGCCCUCGCACAGGUCCGCGGCCGCGUGCCCGAGGACCUCGGCGAGCAGCACCAGCGCCGGAGGGAGCUCCUCGCGCUGUACCGGUGGACGGGCGAUGGGACCGGUCUGGCGCUGUGAGCUGCUUGGCCUCCCUUUCCUGCCCCCCCUUCCUCCUGAUUAUACCUCCCUUUUCUCUCUUCUCCUAGGAGUACAUGAUGCUCAAUUGGACUGGCUGGUCGAUAUGUUACCAAAACCAAAACGGCAACGGUGGGGUUGUUCUUACGGGCUUGGGUGAAUUUUUGGUUCCCCGGAAAGGGGGGUAUGUCGGCUCGUCAGGGUGUUGUCUACAGGACGAAUGGAUGGUCGGAACGGGCCGGACCGGACCGGACGUGCGCGGAUGCUGGACGAUUCUGAUGCCUCAACGACGGAACGGGAGGUUUGGCGUCCCUCGAGCCAGGGUCCGUUACGUGGUGGACUCUGACAUGGUUCUUCUCUGCUGUGGGCGAUAUGCGUUAUUUUGGAUACCUCAAGUUUUGGCCUUAUGGGGUUUGGAAGGAGUGAAGUUUGCUGUUUUGCUUUUGGUUGCUUUUGGCAAGACGGUUUCAGGGCUGGGGGUCGCGAAUGAACAAAUGCUGUGUAAGGUAGAUAUUGUGUUAUGUAUAGUUACUGCUCUAACUAGCUAAAUGACGAUGCAAACUCUGGGUGCACAACUCGAAGACUUCGUGACUAACGUGGCUAAGGGCUGAAGGGUUUGCUUGUGUUUUACAGGCACCUAGUGCUGCUGUUGAGGCACAGAG